CAAAGUGAGUUUCUUAGAGAUUUUUCCUUUUUUAAAUAUUACUUAUGGGUCUUAAAAAUUGUAUUUUGUAAAUUGAUUCAAACAAAAGAUACGGACUGUGUAAAUAAUUAAUUCUGUGAUCGAAUUUCUUUUACCGAAGAAAUCAAAUAAUAAAUGAUUUAGUGGAAAAGUAACUAGUGUAUUGUUAAAAGUGUCCACUAAUAUAAAUCUAUAUCAAAAUUUGAUAAUUAAAUACAAUGUUGAUGUUACCGUGGUUAAUGUCGGAAAUUCUGGGUGUUGCAUUUCUUAUAAUCGCUGGAUUAUACAUUUAUUAUAAAUUAUUUGUCUUUAAUUUCUGGCGAAAAAAAGACAUCUUUUCUAUGAAAGCUACUUUUCCUACUGGAAAUAUGUUGCCAUUGGUAAUCGGUACAACAUCACUAGCAAAUUUCUUCAAAGAUGCUUAUUUGCAGUAUAAAAGCCACCGCCUUGUUGGUUUAUACAUGCUCUAUAAACCGUUUUUGAUGGUGAACGAACCUGAUUUAAUUCGAGAUGUAUUAGCAAAAGAGUUUUCGAGUUUUCACGAUCGUGGAAUAUAUUGUAACGAAGAAACAGAUCCACUUUCCGGUCACCUGUUUCAAUUACCGGGAAAGAAGUGGAGAAAUUUAAGAGUUAAAUUAACACCAACUUUCACGUCUGGAAAAAUUAAACAAAUUUUUCCGGUUUUGAAAGAAACUGGAGACACGUUGGCGAAAUUUUUAGAGGAUACAGCGCGAUCAAAGGGAACGAUCGACGUGAAGGACGUUUUUGCGAGGUAUUCAGUAGAUAUCAUCAUGUCAGUGGCAUUUGGAAUAACUUGCAACAGCUUUGACAAUCCGGACAAUGAAUUUCGAUAUUGGGGUAAAAAGAUAUUUGAUCCGAAACCUCUUUGGAAUGCUCUUGUUUUAUGGGCUCCACAAGUCUUUGAGAUAUUUUCUAUACCAUAUACCGAACGAGCCGUUACCAAAUUUUUCACUAAAAUUAUUAAAGAUACGGUAAAAUACAGAGACGCCAACAACAUUGUCAGAAAAGAUUUUUUGAAUUUAUUGAUUCAAUUAAUGAAAAACGGAUAUGUAGAUGCGGAUGAAAAUACAAACGGCACGAACGUUACACAAGCAACGCAGAAUAAAUUAACGAUGAUAGAAGCUUCAGCACAGGCUUACGUUUUUUACUUGGCUGGAUUUGAAACAUCUUCGACAACUGUCACUUUCUGCCUCUAUGAAUUAGCAAUGCAUCAAGAUAUCCAGGAAAAACUGCGCGACGAGAUUCUUACGACGAUUAAAAAGCAUGACGGUUUGACUUACAACGCCGUGAAUGAUAUGACUUAUCUCCAUAAAGUUGUUUCUGAAACUCUAAGGAAAUAUCCUCCAGUGCCUGUUCUAAAUCGUAUUUGUACAAAAGAAACAAAGCUGGAUGGAACCAAUGUUUCCAUACCGGAAGGAACACCUGUGGUAAUACCUGUUUACGGGCUUCAUUGGGAUCCUGAUAUAUACCCAGACCCGGAAAAGUUUGAUCCAGAACGAUUCUCCGAGGAAAAUAUCAAGACUAGACAUCCCUACUCUUACCUACCAUUUGGGGAAGGACCAAGGAUAUGCAUUGGAUUAAGAUUUGGACUUAUACAAGUUAAAGUUGGUAUAAUAAGCGCUCUGCAAAAGCACAAAAUAAAAUUUGCAGCGAAUUCGUCGAGCGAUUUGGAGUUUGAGACUGGAACUCUUGUACUAAUGGCGAAGGGAGGUGUACAUUUAACCGUCGAACCAGUAUAAUGAUUCGCUUAAAUUGUACUUUCCGCUCCUUACUUAUGUACUAAAGCAGUCAAGCAUUAGAUGUUAAUUUUACUAGUAUAAUUUUUUUUACAUCCGUUACAUCACGAUUAAAAAGGAAAAUCAAUCGUAACUCUAUAUGCAUUACAAAUUGAAAGUACAAACAAAUAGGAGAGUGUUAUAAUUGCUUGCCUCCUAAUUCUGUAUUACGCCGCGAGCAAUUAUGACACGACUGACAAUGAGUGACAAGUGCAAAGUUACGCGAAAAUCCAAACCGAUUUCCCCGUUGCGGCGCCAUUUACCGAGUUCGGCUUAUGUUCGCAUAAGCCGCACCUUUGCUCCUGGCCACGACAUUCCAUGCUGCGCUUUCACCGACACACCCGUGCAUUCUACGAUCGAUUAUCGAUUCUACGUUUUCGCACGCAUCGAUACUUUUACUGGAAAUUCUAAUCAGGAUUAUAUCGAUUCCCCGUGUGUUCCGUUUUCGCGCUGAAACUUUCGUACGUGUUCGCGCCAGAGCAGCCACCCUAUCGCGUGGGAACAUGCAAUCGAUUAUCGAUGCUCCGUAUCGAUUCGUUAUCACGAUCCAUGGUUGGGGCGACGAACCGGCGGUACGCGCUCCUUCCCUUACUUUCCUCUUUCGCAUAGGCGUAGAACUCGCCUGCUCGGCAGAGUCGAGAGCAAAGUUUAUACGUGUAUAAUUAAUGCAUUCACAUAAUGGAUAACAGAAUU